AUGGCUGCAGCAAGUGAUAAUUCGUCACGUAAAUGUCAAUUUUCAUCGUCACAAGACACUUGUAAGAAAAUCGGAAUGAUCAAAUGUGAUGGUUGUUCCAGUCGUUAUUGUAAAGACCAUUUCUCAGCACAUCGUCGACUUAUUGAUGAACAAUUUGAUCGUCUUUGUUCAGAUCGUGAUCUUCUCUACCAAGAAAUAUAUAACUCAAACGCUUCACCAUCAACACCAACCCAUCCAUCACUUGAAGAAGUUAAUCAAUGGGAGCACUCAACAAUUCAGUUAGUACAAAGAACGGCCGAAAACGCUCGUCAGAGAGUGCUGGAGCUGUUAUAUGAAAAUAAAAUCAAAGUUAAACAAGAAUACGAACAGUUUUCGAACGAACUCAGGCAACGAAAAGAUAAUGACGACUAUUUUGAACCAGAUAUUGAAAUGUUAAGUCAAAAGCUUGAACAAUUGAAAAUUGAUGUUACCUGUGAAAUUAACAAGAAAACAAUUCAAGUAAAAGUUCAUCCGAUUCAUUGGCCAAGGGUUUUAAAUGUACAUAAUUCAAUCGAGAUGAACAAUUGCAAAGUGAACAAUAAAGAGAUUAGUAACGUUGAAAAAUUACCACAGAGGCAAGCAAUUGCUAAAAAUAGGAAAGUGAACUAUUUUGUUGGCGGUUCACUUCUUAGUCAUGAGGAUCAAAUGAAACUUAAUGAGUUUUAUGAUAACAGGGAUCAACAAUGGCAAUUAAUUUACAAAGCGACGAGAGAUGGGUUUGAUGCUAGUACUUUUCAUCGUUUGUGUGACGGAAAAGGACCGACAAUGACCAUCAUUCUAUCAACCGACAAUUAUUUAUUUGGCGGUUAUGUAAGCGUUAGCUGGCGAUCUGUCAAUAGAUGGGAAACAGAUACAUCGGCUUUUAUCUAUACGUUGAAUAACCCACAUCGAAUACCACCAACAAAAUACAAAAUUAAAGAUGGUGGUAGACGCGCCAUUUGGUCAAAUUCGAGCUAUGGUCCUACUUUUGGCUAUUUUGAUCUCAUCGUUGAAGCGGACAGCUACAGAACAUUAAAAAAUCCGCAUUACAGUCAGUUUCCCGCAGAUUAUGUUGAUACAACUGGCAAGGCUAACUUAACAUUUACUGAAACUGAAAAGUUUAGCGCUGCCGACAUUGAGGUCUAUGCAUUAGCUAGAUAA